UUAUCCGUAGACGCAUGCAUGGGGAGUUAUAAGAUUGUACAGGGAUGGCCCAGAAUCUCUUAAUUAUCUUUUCUUUACUCAUUGUCGUCGAAGUUUGCCGUUGCCUGCGUAUGGUAAUGCUGGACGUUCCCACUGCUGCCAACCAAGGAGAAUCAAUAGAGCUAUCAUGUAUAUAUGAAUUAGAAAAUGACAGGUUGUACUCCAUAAAAUGGUACAAGAACGACGUUGAGUUUUACAGAUAUGUGCCAAAUGAUUGGCCACCCGGUCAAUUCCUGCCACUUCCUGGAGUCAAAGUUGACCUGUCAAAGUCCGGGAGGAGGUCAGUUUUUCUUCGAAAUGUGGAUCUCAACAGUACAGGAACAUACCGCUGCGAAGUAUCCGCCGAAGCGCCUUCUUUCCAAUCAGUAGAAGCAGAAAGAGAACUAAACGUCAUGGUUCUACCAACAGAGGGCCCCAGAAUCACCGGUGGUCAGCCAAAAUACAAUGUCGGUGACCCCGUAGCCAUAAACUGCACAUCAGCCAAAUCAAAACCAGCUGCAACUCUCCGAUGGUUCAUUAAUGAUGUUGCUUUGGGACCAGAGUACGAUACAGAGUAUUCGACAACCCUUCACGCAGAUGGUUUAGAGACAUCGAGCUUGAGCUUGAAAUUCGUGGCCAAAGAUAAACAUUUCGUAAAUCAGAAUAUGAGGUUAAAGUGUACUGCACAAAUCAAGAAGAUGUACACAAUGAGCAAUGAAGAAAUGUUUGUUGGCGGAAGGCAACAAUCAUCACCGCUUCAAAUAGCAGAAAAUGAAAGUAGAGGAGCAGCAGAGACGAGUACGGAGUUUUUGAAUACGGUAUCUGCCGAUACAGAGACACCUGUUGAUGGGACAAAAAAACCUCUCAUUACAGCUACAGCUAGUCCAAAACGUAAAGGGACAAAACAGCAACUCCAGAGUACGAGCGAAGGAGUUACAUUUCUGUUUCACCAUUGGCUAUUGUUUUGUCCAAUCAUGAUUUUACUUCUUAGGGUGACUUAAAAACCCAAGCUAGCCACUAAGAAGACACAACAUAAAUUCUUUUUUCGCCUUUCAGAUUUGUAAUAAUCGAGAAAGGCGAAGUAGAAAAACUAUUUAUAGAAACGCCAUCUGGUGUCGGGAAAAUUCCCGAAGGUGCUCGCUCGUACAUCAUCAAAAGUCAUUGUGAUUCCAGAAGCUUAUAUUAGUGUCAUUUACUCCACAUUUUUGGGAACUCGAGAUUAUUUCUGCGUGAACACAGUUACGAUUGAAGGUCGUCUAUUCAAUAUUUUAAAAAUCAAAUUUCAAUAUGAUACAUUUUUAAGACUGUCUGUUUGAUGUUCUACUACAUUUCAAAUUUAUAGUAUCCUGUUAUGUCGACUGAUUGCUAUUUCUUCUGUUUUCAGUAAUAUUAUACUUUUUACAGGUAAAAGUAAGGUGACCAGACAUUCUCAAAUCGUGUCGAAUUACAUUGAUUGUACUCAGAAAUUUCCAAACUCUUUGAGGACUGAAAAUGUCUCCAAAUUUUAAUAUGUGUCCUCAAAUGUUCUCAAAAUUCCACAAAAAUCAGUAAUGCGAAAGUUUUUUUUUUUUUAACAAGUCUUGCA